UAUUUACUACAAGAUAAGAUUAUUCCUAUGAUUAACAAAAUGAUAAGCAAGGUGGAACGUCUAACACAAUAAAUAUUUUCAGUCGAUAAUUAGUUUUGUGACAAAAGUAUUGUGGCGAUCUUCAGUUUUGAGGUGAAACUAUGAGAAUGAGGCUAGCGCUACUGGUAUUCCUGCUACCAUGUCUCAUUGAAGCCGACAAACUACCUUUAUGUAGUGAUAACUGUAGCUGUAUUUUUGUCAACGAUACAUUGGUGUCAAGAGUAACAUGCACAAAAGACGUUAAGGAUCUGGUAAUGUCGAAUUCCACAUGGAUAAAUCCUGCCACAAACAAACCGUAUCCAUAUCUGGCAAUAACGUUGACCAAUCAAAACUUUAUCGAGCUGAAUUUUACGUUUCCGGAUAGCGAUGUUACCUAUCUUAAUUUGGCAAACAACGAUAUUUAUCGAAUUCGUGGAGGAGUUUUUCAAGAUUUACAAAGCAUGGAGGUGUUGAUUUUGAGUAGCAAUGACUUGGAACUGCUCUCCCCAGAUGCAUUCAGGGGAAAAUACAUGCCCGAACGAUAUGAGCCCCUAAAAUCUUUGGUUGAACUGAGAUUAGACCAUAACAGACUGCACAGUUUGAAUAUGGACAUAUUUGAGCACACCACUGAUCUGGAAAUAUUGGACUUGAGUUACAACCCUUUCAAGGUUUUGGAUCCACACACUAUUAUGGCUAUUGAUAGUCUGCCACAAUUGAAGGAAUUAUAUUUAGGAUACACGCAGAUUUCAACCCUUCCGGAGCUAAUGUUGCACACGCCUUUGUAUCUUUCAAUUUUGGAUUUGAGCGGAAACCCGAUUGACAAAGUCCCCGAAACUCUAGCUGAAUCCCACAACUUAACCGAGUUGUACCUCAACGAUACUUCUUUUGUUAAUAUGACAAAAGAAAAUGGAUUUCCAGACAUUCCCUCACUGCAAGUUUUACACUUAUGCCACAUGCAGCAUCUGGAGCGAAUUGAAAAAGGAGCAUUGUCAGGUUUAAUAAAUUUAUACGAACUGCGUAUAAGUGAUAAUAUCAAAUUAACUCACUUGGAUGGUGAUGUUCUUAAAAAUAACGACGAUGUAAAUGGAGGUGGAAGUUGGCCGAUGAUUCGCAAGCUACAUUUGGGAAACAAUAAACUUUCAUAUCUAGACAGCGAAGUGAUAGCUAGAUGGGACCAAUUAAUCGAACUGGACAUUAGAGCAAAUCCAUGGACUUGCGAAUGUGAAAAUCAAUGGAUCGUGGAUGAACUGAUACCAAGAUACCAGAAAAUUGAUCAAGUAAAAGCUUCUCAAGUAAGAUGUGGAGCUCCGAUUGAAAUGGUUAGUUACACUCUCCAAGAACUAAAGGAUCGAAAUUACCAAAUGCGAUGCCUCGAUGAAUAUGGGGCACAUCCCGAAAAAGACGCACUAUUAUUGGUGGGAAUCUUAGCUGGUGUUCUGAUUGCUAUUCCGCUGAUCCUUUUAGGAAUUUACGCUUACCAAAAACGAUGGUUUGGACUAUUUAGUAUGUGUGAUAAUUCACCGGCAGCAUACUCGAGGAGAUACUACAAUGCAACCGCAAAAGAGGAAGAUUUUUAAACAUUGUGUUAAAGGGUCGUAUUUUUCGGAGGUAGUUUGAACGAUCCUCGAUAGGAAAAUUUGCAAAAAGAAUCUAGAAAAAAACUCAAUGCGUCGCGUCGGGUUCUAAUUAUUUUUAUUCGGUACAAAUACUUAACGUAAUUAUUAUUUUCAAUGUAAACGUGAAAGCAACUUUAGGAUAGAGGCUUAAUGUGUGGUUUGAUGUACAAACUUUUUAGCAAAGUUUAUUUUAUACUUUUGUCUAUGUAUUAUGUUCAAUAAAUAAUAGCCAACAAUUUUUCAA